UAAUCCACGGGAGAGAUGAUGGGGCUGCACCGUCUGAUGUCCUGUCCCCAGGACACAGUGACCUUUUCCGACGUGGCUGUGAGCUUCUCCCCAGAAGAGUGGCCAUACCUUGAUGCCUCACAGAGGAAGCUCUACAGAGAUGUGAUGCUGGAGAUCAUUCAACACCUGCAGGCCAUAGAAGGCAGUCCACCAGUUCAGGAUUUGGCAUUUCAGCAAUUUACUUUUGGAACAGGAUCUCCAAACAGGAGUGAGAUGGGAAGCAUCCAGCCCCGGCUGAAUGGGGGAGAUCCUGUGCUUUGGGAGACACUCUGGAGGGAACCAUCCUGCCUGUAUCCAGAUGGGAGCCAGGAUUCGGUGGGCAUCUGUUCUGGACAACCUGAGAAGCACAUUCCCCAAGGAAUUGAGCCGCCUGAAUGUAAGCAAUGUUGGGGUUACUUUCCAGGUGCUCAACACUGCUAUGUGCCCGUGGACACCCCCAUUGUACAGGAUCCCUCUGGCUGUCAUCAAGGUAGACAUGCUUGGAGUCAUCUGUCAUGCCAGAGUGACCCUAAGGAAGUCCAGACACCAAAGAAAGGUCAUAAAUGUCCAGAGUGUGGGAAGGCCUUUUCUCGAUCCUCAAACCUUUCUGAACACAAGAAAAUUCAUACAGGAGAGAAACCUUAUCAGGAGUGUGGGAAGGUCUUCUCUCGAUCCUCAGUACUUUCUUCACACAAUAAAUCACAUACAGGAGACAAGCCUUAUAAAUGUCCAGAGUGUGGGAAGGCCUUCGCUCGAUCUUCAGGCCUUGCUGCACAUAAGAAAACUCAUACAGGCUACAGGCCUUAUACGUGUCAGGAGUGUGGGAAGGCCUUUGUUGGAUUUAAAUCCCUUUCUGCUCAUAAGAAAAUCCAUACAGGAGAAAAACCUUAUACAUGCCAGGAGUGUGGAAAGGCCUUCACCAGAUCCUCAAGCCUAUGCUGGGGGCGGAGGACAGAUAGAUCGUGGCGCCUGGGGGGAAGGGGGACCGCGAAGGCCAAUCGAUCUCGGCGCCCCGCACCUCCCGGGGUCCGCGUGCUCCGUGAUGGAGCUGCGGGGACCCUAGAUCUGGGGUACCCUGAGCGUGGGGCCCUGCAUGGGCGCUGGGACUAUCCCGAUCACCCACUGCAGGUCCUGGCGCUGCUGGAGAAGCUCCAGAUGGACAGGGAGGGGCACGGAUGCAGCCCCCCAAAUGGGAAAAGGCCUAUUGACGUUCUUCAUUUUCAUGGGCUGCUGGCCUAUGUGGGGCCCCCGGAGGAUGCAGGGCUCAGGGCUGCAUUUUCCUCCGUGUAG